UGGUUCUCUAAGUGAUGAAUGAUACAUCACAAACUAAGUGACUGCAGCUCUGACCACACAAAGACACAAGGUGGACUGAGCAGUAUGGAUGGUGUACCUCUGAGGGUGCCUCAGAGUGCUUCCUUUCAGGAACUAAAAUAUUCUGUCAGUACGACUGUCCCUGACUACUUCAACAUCCUGCAGGAGACAGAGUAUGGAUUCAGUCUGGAGAACUGGGUGCUAACUGGGCUGCAAAGUGGCUUUGCCACCCAGCACCAGCUUAACCCCUCUUCCUCUUCAUCAAGCCUGCUGUCAUCUUGUCCACCAUACUGGAUGCUGUUUAGCAGCCCUCGACAGCGGUCCCACAGCCUCAACUCCUCCAUCCUGCGUACCAAGGCUACCAUCUCACCUUCAGAUGACGAAGAGGGCACUACACAGAAAGCCAGGACGAGUUCCAUAGUGACAGUGAGUCCGGGGGAACAGCGUCCUUCUGCAAACUGUCAGCGUGGUCAGAGGAAAGCACAGAAGGCCUUUGUCCCUGACCUGCUGAACCCCCCGGCCUGUCUGAGCAGCCUGCCCCACCAGCGCAGAAAGAACCUGCGCCAGUGUUCACUGUCAGUGCUCGACACGCCCACACAACAAGAUCCCAACACAGAGACUUAUCCCCAGAGCACUUCAUCACACACAGCCUCGGACACGAGGAUCCCUCCCAGCAGAACCAGCACAGCCAGCAUGAUAUUCAGACCAGACACCUGUAGAAACCCCCCUGUCAUGUCAGGCCCCAGGGGUUUGUCCUCCUCUGCUUUGGACUCUACAGCAGAACUCCUGUCAGCUCUAAACCCAGCGGAGAGAGAGUUGCUGGAGGCCAUCACUGCAAGGGGCUACUCUCUUCAUACUGCCAUCACUGCCCUUCAGAGGACAGGACAGCAGACCCCAGAUGAGAUCUUGAGUUAUCUGGUGGCGUGUGACCACUUGUGUCAGCUGGGUUAUGACAUGUCCCAGGUGGAAGAGGCCUUGGAGAUGUUUCAAAACUGUGAAACAAAGGCAAAGGAGUUCCUACACCUGCUGAAUCAGUUCAAUGAGAUGGGCUUUCAGAAGAAUGCCAUCAAAGAAGUGCUGCUGGUUCAUGAAAACCACCGAGAUCGGGCCCUGGAGGAGCUGAUGAUGCGUGUGUCCUGAUAAAACACACACACUUUUCACAUUGAUAUCUUGCAGACAAUCAUCUGUAUUCUAAAAAUUGCAGUCAUAUCUGACCUUGUGCUGGUAUGAAACAACUGCACACAUAUAGUUGAUGCUGACACUGCAUUGUUAGAUGAUCUAUUCAUAUUUCUGAAUUAACCCAUAUCUUCUUUACCACUUUUUUAGAUUCGUUUUGGAACAAAAAUACUCUGAUUAAAGUCCUGCUGUGUCUAAAUUUUGAAGUGACGUAAAUAUUUGUAGUAAUUGUGAACAAACUUAUUAAAAGUGUGAAAUUAA